GAUUCACUGGGAACUCGUUGUGUUGCUUGUGUAAGCCCUCCUUGCAGAAGAACUGCUCUUGCCCGUCUCCACCUCCCCGGGAACAGCCGAAGGGGGGUGCGGCGUGAUAAAAAUUUAUGUUUUCAUCAAACCGGGCCAAGGAGAAUGGGGGUCCCACACCCAAAAGAAUGAAGACACGACAGAACAAGGACUCAAUGUCAAUGCGGAGUGGACGGAAGAAAGAGACUCCAGGGCCCCGAGAGGAGCUCAGGUCACGGGGUAGAGCUUCCCCAGGGGGAGUCAGCACCUCCAGCAGCGAUGGCAAGGCUGAGAAAUCCCGACAAGCGACAAAGAAGGGUCGGGUGGAGGAAUCCUGCACCCCCAAGGGCAGCAAGCAAAGCCGAACAGAAGAGAUCUCGGAGAGUGAAGGGGAGGACACCAACGCUCCCAAAAAAACCAAAACUGAGGAGUUGCCCUGUCCUCCAUCCCCGUCCGAUGUUGACAGCCUUGACGGCCACAGCUUCAACGAUGAGAUGAGCAGUGACCCACGGGACAUUGACCAGGAUAACAGGAGCACCUCACCCAGCGUCUACAGCCCUGGCAGCGUGGAGAAUGACUCCGACUCCUCCUCCGUGCUGUCCCAGGGGCCGUCUCACUCCUACCACCACCCUCCGCUCUUCCCCCAGAGCCCACCAGUAGCUCCUCCGCCCGACAGCCUGGCCCGUCCACCCGAGCCCAGCUUUGGGCUCCCGGGUGAGGUGCACCCCCAGGGACCCCCGGCAGGGAGCUACCACUCCCAGCUGGAGGGCCAGGCUUCCCGCAUCUUCCAGGCUCAAGCCCCGCAAACACCCGCUGCCUCCUCCUCCUCCUCCUCUGCUGUUGCUGCCCCUUCUGCUCCCCCUUCCUCCUCCUCCUCUUCCUCCUCUUCCUCCUCCUCCUCUACUCAUGCUUCUCUUUACCCGACGGCCAACGUGGUCCAGGUCGGGGCCAAAAUUGCCAGUGGAGUGGGGGGUCUCCCCGCACCAGGGGGUCGCGAGCAGACCCUCAGCGCCAAGCACAAUCCGCCACCCACCACCCCUAUCUCGCUGGCGUCGGUGGCUGGGGGUCUCCCCCCUCAAAAGACACCCCCCGCCAACCCUCCGGCUGCCCCCCCAGCUUCGGCCCCUUCCUUCCCCCACGUCUCUAUCAAGCAGGAGCCGUCAGAGGAGUACGAGCCACCUGAGAGCCCUGUGCCCCCUGCUCGCAGCCCCUCGCCGCCCCCCAAGGUGGUGGAUGUCCCCAGCCAUGCCAGCCAGUCAGCCAGGUUCAACAAACACCUGGACCGUGGCUUCAACUCCUGCUCCCGCACGGACCUGUACUUCGUGCCCCUCGACGGCUCCAAGCUGGCCAAGAAGAGGGCGGAUCUGGUGGAGAAAGUGCGGCGGGAGGCCGAGCAGAAGGCGAGGGAAGAGAAGGAGCGGGAACGGGAGCGGGAGCGGGAGAAGGAGCGGGAGCGAGAGAAGGAGCGAGAGCUGGAGAGGAGCGUGAAGAUGGCCCAGGAGGGCCGGCCGGUGGAGUGCUCGUCGCUCGGGCCAGUUCCCCACCGCCCCUCCUUUGAGCAGGGCAGUGCUGUAGCGACUGUUCCCCCCUACCUGGGCCCCGACACCCCGGCCCUGCGCACCCUCAGCGAAUACGCAAGGCCCCACGUCAUGUCCCCCAGCAACCGCAACCACCCUUUCUACGUGCCGCUGGGCGCUGUCGACCCGGGCUUGCUGGGGUACAACGUGCCGGCCAUCUACAGCAGCGAUCCAGCCACGCGGGAGCGAGAGCUGAGGGAGCGGGAAGCCCGUGAACGAGACCUGAGGGACCGGGACCUACGUGAACGUCUCAAGCCCGGCUUUGAAGUCAAGCCAGCCGAGUUGGAGCAGCUCCACGCCGUGCCAGCUGCUGCCAUGGAUCCCUUCCCACGCCACGGCGGGCUGAGUCUGCAAACGGCCCCCGGCCUUCAUCCCGCUUUUCCCUUCCACCCAGGGCUGGGCCACUUGGAGCGGGAGAGGCUGGCGCUGGCAGCCGGCCCGACCCUUCGUCCCGACAUGUCCUACGCCGAGCGCUUGGCGGCCGAGCGCCAGCACGCCGAGCGGGUGGCUGCUCUCAGCAAUGACCCUCUGGCCCGGCUGCAGAUGCUCAAUGUGACACCUCAUCAUCAUCAGCAUUCCCACAUCCACUCCCACCUCCAUCUCCACCAGCAGGAUGCCAUACAUGCAGAGGGAGUGGGAGCCUUGAAAAGUUUUGACAGUAUCCUUACGGCAGAUGAAAUCUGGAGCCCCUCGCCGCCCCCCAAGGUGGUGGAUGUCCCCAGCCAUGCCAGCCAGUCAGCCAGGUUCAACAAGCACCUGGACCGUGGCUUCAACUCCUGCUCCCGCACGGACCUGUACUUCGUGCCCCUCGACGGCUCCAAGCUGGCCAAGAAGAGGGCGGACCUGGUGGAGAAAGUGCGGCGGGAGGCCGAGCAGAAGGCGAGGGAAGAGAAGGAGCGGGAACGGGAGCGGGAGCGGGAGAAGGAGCGGGAGCGAGAGAAGGAGCGAGAGCUGGAGAGGAGCGUGAAGAUGGCCCAGGAGGGCCGGCCGGUGGAGUGCUCGUCGCUCGGGCCAGUUCCCCACCGCCCCUCCUUUGAGCAGGGCAGUGCUGUAGCGACUGUUCCCCCCUACCUGGGCCCCGACACCCCGGCCCUGCGCACCCUCAGCGAAUACGCAAGGCCCCACGUCAUGUCCCCCAGCAACCGCAACCACCCUUUCUACGUGCCGCUGGGCGCUGUCGACCCGGGCUUGCUGGGGUACAACGUGCCGGCCAUCUACAGCAGCGAUCCAGCCACGCGGGAGCGAGAGCUGAGGGAGCGGGAAGCCCGUGAACGAGACCUGAGGGACCGGGACCUACGUGAACGUCUCAAGCCCGGCUUUGAAGUCAAGCCAGCCGAGUUGGAGCAGCUCCACGCCGUGCCAGCUGCUGCCAUGGAUCCCUUCCCACGCCACGGCGGGCUGAGUCUGCAAACGGCCCCCGGCCUUCAUCCCGCUUUUCCCUUCCACCCAGGGCUGGGCCACUUGGAGCGGGAGAGGCUGGCGCUGGCAGCCGGCCCGACCCUUCGUCCCGACAUGUCCUACGCCGAGCGCUUGGCGGCCGAGCGCCAGCACGCCGAGCGGGUGGCUGCUCUCAGCAAUGACCCUCUGGCCCGGCUGCAGAUGCUCAAUGUGACACCUCAUCAUCAUCAGCAUUCCCACAUCCACUCCCACCUCCAUCUCCACCAGCAGGAUGCCAUACAUGCAGCCUCAGCCUCUGUUCACCCUCUUAUUGACCCGCUCGCCUCGGGGUCACACCUCACCCGGAUACCGUACCCGGCUGGAACCAUCCCCAACCCUCUCCUGCCUCACCCUCUACAUGAGAACGAAGUGCUGCGCCACCAGCUUUUCGCUGCACCCUACAGGGACCUGCCGGGCUCCCUCUCCGCGCCCAUGUCGGCGGCACACCAGCUCCAGGCCAUGCACGCCCAGUCGGCCGAGCUGCAGCGCCUGGCCCUGGAGCAGCAGCAGUGGCUUCAUGCCCACCACCCUCUGCACGGCGUGCCGCUCCCCACGCAGGAGGAUUACUACAGCCACCUGAAGAAAGAAAGCGACAAACCCCUUUAAGUGGACUUCUACUCUCGAUGUGACAUCAUCAUGUCUUUCUCUCAAGAGGAGCAAUCAAUCAACCAAAUCCUGGGGGAGGGGAAGCUGCGGCAUGACACAUCCUGAUCCCACCACGCAGCCGAGGGGCAAGAGAAGAGGGGACACGGAGCACAGGAUGGCAUCCUGGGAGCGGAAGGUGGAGGAGGGGGGAGAGCUAAGUGGGGAGGGGGCUGAAAACGCCGCUAAAGGGACGCGAAAAGCCAUGGGUACGUUGAUUUCGGCAGAGCUCUGAAGGAAGCAGAGUCGGCGUUGCAGGGAGCUGGGACAGACGGAAGACUGAGGUGAAUUUCAGCAGCUCUGGCCCUUUGUGGGGUGUUUUUUGGGGAGGGGGGGCGACGGUCGCAUUGGAUGAGAAGCGCCGAGCAUCGCAGGACUUCUUUUCUGCUUCCACCGGGAGGAGGUGCCUCCAAGAAGUAACUCAAAACCCAACAGCGCCUUUUUUUUUUUAGUUUUUUGGCCUUUUUUUUUCAUUUCCAAGAUGCCUCCUCUCACACCCCCACCACACCACCCUUCCCACCCCCUCUUUUUAGGUGUAAGAUAACUGCUUUAGCGAUACCAGAAAAGCAACGCCGAAGAACAUUGCUUUUUUUCAGACGAGCCCGAGCGGCUCCCCUGUCUCUCCGACAUCCCUUCGGAUGCCAACAUGGCACGACGGGACCCCUCCAGGAGCUCCUGCCUGCGGUGGAGGGGGACCUGUCCCCAACAAUCCCUCCGGUGU